AUGUUGGACUCACCAUUGUUAGCACUCCUGGUCGAUAUCUUCUUUCAUUUCGACGACAUUUUGCACUUGGAUGUCGAACAUUGUCCAGACCUCAGUAAGCUUGAAGCGCGCGAGUGCCGACAGAUCAGACAGAAGAGGCUUCAAGGAAAAGCCAAGGCAGCAAUAAAGCGCCGUAGCCGUUUGCAGGUAUUCAACGUCAUGAGCCUCUUGCCCGGGGCGAAUCCAUCCAUUGAUGAAAGCGAGGAGCUGUGGUCAAGUCGAAUAGGUAAGGUUUAA